CCGUAGCCGGCCUCGCGCGGCCCCAGUCGCGGCUAGGAGCCGCCGUCGGCGGGACUUCCGUGUUGGCGGGAUUCUGAACGCUGCCAUGGCUCAGACCGUGCAGAACGUUACAUUGUCGCUCACUCUGCCCAUCACGUGCCACAUUUGCUUGGGGAAGGUACGCCAGCCUGUCAUAUGCAUCAACAACCAUGUAUUUUGUUCAAUUUGUAUCGAUUUGUGGUUGAAGAAUAAUAGCCAGUGUCCAGCUUGCAGAGUCCCCAUCACUCCUGAAAAUCCUUGCAAAGAGAUUAUCGGAGGGACAAGUGAAAGUGAACCUAUGCUAAGCCAUACAGUCAGGAAGCACCUUCGGAAAACUAGACUUGAGUUACUCCACAAAGAAUAUGAGGAUGAAAUAGAUUGUCUGCAGAAAGAGGUAGAAGACCUUAAGAGUAAAAAUCUCAGCUUGGAGUCACAAAUCAAGACUAUUCUGGAUCCUUUAACCUUGAUGCAAAGCAGCCAAACUGAAGACAAACAUCCAAUUGCAGACAAUCCAAGUAAAAUUGACCCAGAAACUGUAGCAGAGUGGAAGAAAAAACUUAGAACAGCAAAUGAAAUCUAUGAAAAAGUGAAAGAUGACGUGGAUAAGUUAAAGGAAGCAAAUAAAAAAUUGAAAUUGGAAAAUGGUGGCCUGGUGAGGGAGAAUUUACGACUGAAGGCUGAAGUUGAUAACAGAUCACCCCAGAAGUUUGGAAGGUUUACAGUAGCUGCUCUUCAGUCCAAAGUAGAACAGCAUGAACGUGAAACCAAUCGCCUCAAGAAAGCCCUGGAACGAAGUGAUAAAUAUAUAGAGGAACUAGAAUCUCAGAUUGCACAGCUAAAAAAUUCAAGCGAAGAGAAGGAAGCUAUAAAUUCCAUUUGCCAGAGAGCACUUUCUACAGAUGGCAAGGGGAGCCUAGGCGGUGAGGAGGAUAUGGCAUCAAAGAAUCAAGGUGAUGGUGCCAGAAAGCAGCUUGGCUCAUCCACCUCAAGUUCUCACCUGCCAAAGCCUUCCAGCAGUUCUGCCAGGCAGGAAAGCACCAGCAAAACAGAACCAAAUUGUUCUAAGAACAAAGACCUGUAUCAGAAACGGGUGGAAAUAAUGUUAGAUGUGACAGAUACAAGUAUGGAUACUUACUUGGAAAGAGAAUGGGGUAAUAAGCCAAGUGAUUGUAUACCCUACAAAGAUGAAGAACUUUAUGAUCUUCCAGCUCCUUGUACUCCUUUGUCCCUUAGUUGCCUUCAGCUCAGUACUCCAGAAAAUAGAGAGAGCUCUGUGGUCAAAGCAGUGGGUUCCAAAAAGCACUCAAACCAUCUCAGAAAAUUGGUGUUUGAUGAUUUUUGUGAUUCUUCAAAUGUUUGUACUAAAGAUUCAUCAGAAGGUGAUAGAAGUGAAAAUGAAAAGAAAUCAGAAUGUUUUACUUCCUCAAAGACAGGGUUUUGGGAUUGUUGUUCCACGAGCUAUGCCCAGAGCUUGGAUUUUGAAAGCUCAGAGGGAAACACAAUAGCAAAUUCUGUUGGAGAAAUUUCUUUAAAAUUAAGUGAGAAAUCAGGCUCAUGCAUAUCCAAAAGGUUGAAUUCUAUUCGCUGUUUUGAAAUGAAUCGGACAAGAACAUCCAGUGAAGCAUCAAUGGACGCAGCUUACCUUGACAAAAUAUCGGAGUUGGAUUCAAUGAUGUCGGAGUCAGACAACAGCAAGAGCCCUUGUAAUAACGGUUUUAAGUCAGUAGAUUUGGAUGGGUUAUCAAAGUCCUCUCAAGGCAGUGAAUUUCUUGAGGAACCAGAUAAGUUGGAUGAAAGAACUAAGCCAAACCUUUCCAAAGGUUCUCUAACUACUGAUCAGUUAGAAAAUGGAAAUGAAUGGAAACCCACUUCUUUUUUUCUCCUCUCUCCAUCUGACCAAGAAAUGAGUGAAGAUUUUUCACUCCAUACCAGUUCUAACCCAGGAACUAAUGAAAUCAAACCACCGAGCUGUUUGUUUCAGACUGAGUUUUCCCAGGGUGUUUUGUUAAGCAGUUCACACCGGCUAUUUGAAGAUCAGAGGUUUGGAUCAUCUUUGUUUAAGAUGACCUCAGAGAUGCAUGGUCUUCAUAACCACCUUCAGUCUCCUUGGUCUACUUCUUUUGUGCCUGAAAAGAGGAAUAAAAAUAUCAAUCAGUCAACGAAAAGAAAAAUCCAGAGCAGUCUUUCCAAUGCCAGCCCAUCAAAAGCAACGAAAAGUUGACUCAUUAGAAAGGUGUCAUUUGUGUUUUCGUCCUGAGAGGAAUAUAAGUUUUUAAAGUUACUUUUUCCCUCAUAAAAGUUCUGUACAAUUUUGAAUUGAUAAUCUGUAGUCAAGUGUCAAGUCAGAAUGGUGAAUUAGCCUGUACCCAGCAUACUUUUAAAGAAUUUGUCCUUUUUCAUUUUCAUUUGGGGAUCUUUUUAAUCAGAAAAGGUAGGGAGAGGGUUUCUUUUAAUGAAUAUUGUAUGUAUCUGGUUUGGGUGUAUUUUGUUUUCUUGAGUCUUGAUUUAGCUGUUAGAUACAGUGGCCUGUAAAUGAGCCUCAGUUGUCUUCAGAAUGUGGAUUUCUUAAAUAAAACUUUUCAUAUUGUCUACACACUGCUUAUAAGAC